UUAAAUUCCAGCCGCUGGGAGCCCCCAGGCUGUAGUCGAGACGACUUCAGUUCCUCCCAUUUCACCUCCUCCUCUUUACUCUUGGCUCCGAUCCUUCUCCUGCACCCUUGGAGGCUAGAGGGCGCAGAAACUGCGGCUCCCGCUUUUCCUUAUCCCGUAUCCCGUAUCCGUAUCCCGGCCAGCUGCAGGACAUCCCCGGAGACCAUGACUUCCUCCGAUGUAGCGCGGCACACGGUCUUUCAGUCUCUUGGGGGGAUAAAAACAACAUAUUCCACCUCACAACCAGGCAAAGAAGAAAAAAUAGAUGAUAGUCCUCGUUGUUUAAAUAUUACUGGCCAUGUUGGUUUUGAAAGUUUACCUGAUCAGUUAGUCAACAGGUCCAUUCAACAAGGGUUUUGCUUCAACAUUCUUUGUGUGGGGGAAACUGGAAUUGGAAAAUCAACUCUGAUUGACACAUUGUUUAACACAAAUUUUGAGGAUCUUGAAUCUUCACACUUUCACCCAAAUGUAAGACUAAAAGCACAGACUUAUGAACUCCAAGAAAGCAGUGUUCGGUUGAAACUCACAAUUGUCAAUACAGUGGGAUUUGGUGACCAGAUAAAUAAAGAAGAGAGCUAUCAACCGAUAGUUGAUUACAUAGAUGCUCAAUUCGAGGCCUAUCUCCAAGAAGAAUUGAAGAUAAAAAGGUCUCUCUUUAACUACCAUGAUUCUCGCAUCCAUGCCUGCCUUUACUUUAUUUCACCUACGGGACAUUCCCUUAAGACACUUGAUUUGUUAACUAUGAAGAGCCUUGAUAGUAAGGUAAAUAUCAUUCCUGUGAUUGCCAAAGCAGAUACAAUUUCUAAAACCGAAUUACAGAAGUUUAAGAUCAAACUGAUGAGUGAAUUGGUCAGCAACGGAGUCCAGAUAUACCAGUUUCCAACGGAUGAUGAAACAAUUUCUCAAAUUAACUCCUCAAUGAAUGGACAUUUGCCAUUUGCUGUUGUGGGCAGUAUGGAAGAGGUCAAACUUGGGAAUAAGAUGGUUAAAGCUCGUCAGUACCCAUGGGGCAUUGUUCAAGUUGAAAAUGAAAAUCACUGUGACUUUGUAAAGCUCCGUGAAAUGCUUAUUUGCACAAAUAUGGAGGACCUGAGAGAACAAACCCAUACUCGACAUUAUGAACUUUAUAGGCGAUGCAAACUGGAGGAAAUGGGUUUUAAAGACGUAAGCCCAGAGAACAAACCAGUUAGUCUUCAGGAGGCCUAUGAAAUCAAAAGACAUGAAUUUUAUGGUGAACGUCAAAGGAAAGAAGAGGAGAUGAAACAGAUGUUUGUGCAGCGAGUAAAGGAGAAAGAAGCAAUUUUGAAAGAAGCAGAAAGAGAGCUGCAGGCCAAAUUUGAACAUCUUAAAAGACUUCAUCAGGAAGAAAGAAUGAAACUUGAAGAAAAGAGAAGAUAUUUGGAAGAUGAAAUAAGUGCUUUUGCUAAGAAGAAAGCUGCAUCUGAGCUACUCCAAAACCAGCCUUUAAAUGCAUCUGGUACUAGUGUGAAGAAAGAAAAGGAUCGUAAGAACUCCAGCUUCAUGUAAUACAGAAGUUCCAGAUUUAUGUAUCAAAGAUUAUUACAUAAGCAACCGUUUAGAAGUAUGCUUUGAUUUUCUCUUAUUUAGUAUUUUUGGUGGUUGUUUUUUGCGCUGUAACUUUUUACUAAGGACAUGUGUUAGAUGACCAUAGCAACUAGCAGUUAUGUAAAGAUAUUUUGAAAUAGGCCACAUAUGCCAUAAGUUACUGAUAAUAUUAGUCUUUAUUGCUGCUACUUUGAAAUGCACUUAAGCUGUUUCUUUGCCAAGUUAUUGACCCUUGCCAAUGCAUUGUACCAAAGAUAAAACUCAAUGCCAUUAAAAUACAGCACUCUGUCACAGUAAAAAGGCUGUAUUGCAUUUAUAUUCACGUGAAUAUGUACAAGAUCAUUCAAUCAUUUUGAUUAUUUUAACAUACUAAACUCCAUUUAAUUUUUAGACCUUUAAAGGAAUACCUGAGACUGUUUAACCACUUACUAGUUAUGUGUAAUUGGUAAGGACUUUUUAUAGCUGCAGUAUCCAAUUAUGUAAUAUGAUUGUAAACUUUUCUAUCUUGACUUGCCAUACUUAUGGAUGAGUACAUGAGCAAAAACACCCAAGUUUGGCAGCCUCUUUUCUAAUGAUUGCUGCCCUGGGCAUUUUUAUGAUAUUUACUUGUAUAUCAUUGAUUCAUAUCACCUGAUUUUUUGGUAUGUUAGGGAGAAAAAAAAGGUGGUAAGUACAGAGAUAGAAGUUAAUGCUUAGACAAUAUCACAAACACCUUACCUAAAAAAUCUGUAUACAUCUUGAAUAGUAUCUCUAUCCUCUCCACCUACAGUGAAUGUUUGAAUUCAAAGUGCCUUAGUAUCAUGCCUAAGAAAAAUGACAUGAUUUCUAACCAUUAGUUAACAGUAAUAGUUUUUGGUUAAUAUUAUUCUUUUUUUGUAUUUGAAUAUCUCUUAAUAAAACUGACACUUAACU